AAGAGCCCAGAAGGUACUAGGAUAUGUCUGACAGCCGAUGGAUACGUCUAUCGGAAAGAGACAAAUUCAGCUAAAAUUGACAUCUUCUGGAGAAAUUGUCCAUCUUUUUUAGAUACAUUAAACACGGCUGUAAACCUCAAUACAAACAAGAUGAUUGAACGUAAGCGAGUUCGUCCUCAAGAAGGAAAGCCGGUUGAACCACGAAAAAAGAAAAUGGUACUUAAGGGAGAUGUGUACAAGUUUUGCAUUGAAAACCAUGUUAAUUCCGAAGAAAAC